GAAACAUCUACCUAUCUAAUCAGCUUUUAACAUCUCUUUUUCCCAGAUAGAUUAUUUUACACUCAUCAUUUUCGUAUGUUUUUGAAUUUUCACGCACACCAAGAACAACAAAUUCUGUAGCCACAUUUUUUAUUUUCGAUUUCGUGUAUCAAAUUAUCGAGUCUGGUAGAUAGAAUUAAGGUGAAAGAAAUGCCUAGUGUAGCUGUCAAACUAUACAGCGUCUUCUUCAAAUUCCUGUUGAAACAUCGAUUACAAUCCCGAUUUCAAGCCCUAAUUGACGAGACUAGUAAUCCCGAUGGUUUCGGCGUUUCGACCCGACCCGAUGAGUCGAUCGCCGCCGCGAAUCCGUCGUUUUUCGACGGCGUUGCUACCAAGGACAUCCACAUCGAUCCUUUCACCUCUCUUUCGAUUCGUAUCUUUAUUCCUGACACGUGUUUAGCUUCGCCGCAACAGUCUAAGUCUAAAGCUAGGGGCUUGAUCCGAUCCGAGUCGGGUUUCGGAUCUUUUGAGGAUCCGAUUAGGCGGACUAGUUAUGAUCCGAGUAGUGUGACGAGUAAACGUGAGGAGGGUGUUGGUAGUCGGCGGAAUAGUUAUGCGUGUGUUGGAAGUGAUGAUUCGAGUGUGAAAUUGAAAUUGGAGAAAGGGGAGAGUUAUCAGGGGUAUUUACCGAGUGGGAGAGAGAAUUGUAGGAAGUUGCCUGUGAUGUUGCAGUUUCAUGGAGGGGGUUUUGUGAGUGGGAGUAGUGAUUCGGUUGCCAAUGAUUUGUUUUGUAGGCGGAUUGCGAAAUUGUGUGAUGUUAUAAUUGUGGCGGUUGGGUAUAGGCUUGCGCCUGAGAAUAGGUUUCCCGAUGCGUUUGAAGAUGGGAUGAAGGUUUUGCAUUGGUUGGCCAAACAAGCGAAUUUAGCUGAGUGUAGUAAGAGUAUGGGGAAUGUGAGAGGGGGAGCGGAAUUGAGGAAAGGGGAAGUUCAGGGGCAUAUUGCUGAUGCUUUUGGUGCGUCAAUGGUUGAGCCGUGGUUGGCUGCUCAUGGUGAUCCUGCCAGAUGCGUCCUACUGGGGGUCAGUUGUGGUGCAAAUAUUGCUGAUUAUGUGGCUCGGAAAUCUGUAGAAGCUGGAAGGCUUUUGGAUCCGGUUAAGGUUGUUGCACAAGUUUUGAUGUAUCCAUUCUUCAUUGGAAGUGUUCCAACACAUUCUGAGAUCAAACUGGCUAAUUCCUACUUCUAUGACAAGGCGAUGUGCAUACUUGCAUGGAAACUAUUUUUACCCGAAGCGGAGUUCAGCCUAGACCACCCUGCUGCAAAUCCUCUUAUUCCCGAUAGGGGGCCGCCUCUGAAGCGCAUGCCCCCCACACUAACAGUGGUAGCAGAGCAUGACUGGAUGAGAGAUCGAGCCAUUGCUUACUCAGAGGAACUUCGUAAGGUGAACGUUGAUGCACCAGUUCUGGAGUACAAGGAUGCAGUUCAUGAGUUUGCUACCCUGGACAUGCUCCUUAAGACACCUCAGGCCCAGGCAUGUGCCGAGGAUAUUGCUAUAUGGGUAAAGAAGUAUAUCUCGCUUCGAGGUCAUGAAUUCUCCUAUUAAGCACAAGAAGUCCAGAAUCACGUAGAGGAGCACCAACUACUUGCAUUUCUGAUGUAUAUUAUAGGAUGGGCUUCAAUCCAUCAACUUGCUGCCAUUGACAAUUUGUUUGUAGCUUGAGUAGUUGGUUGUCCCUAGCUUCAGGGUUCUUCCACGGUUUUGUGGUUGGUUCUUGUGCCUCUGUUAAUUUUUUGUAAUAUAGAGUAUUAUUUGUGUAGGUUUAGUUGAGUUAUGAGAUGCAAUAGUUUUGUGUUCUCUUUAGGUGAGUCUGAUCACUAAGACACCUUACCAUAAUUCUUUUGUUGUGUAUGAAUAUAAACCAUUAUUUAUGAGUAGAAUUCAUCUGAAUGAAUUUUCCCACA